AGGAACUGGAUCGAUGAAGUACCUUCUAUUUUUUCCAACAAAUUAGAUAGGGGUAAAAAAAGGUUGAGCUUGAGGUAAAGGCUAGCUUGAGGUAAAGGUUCUGCUAUUUUUCUAAGGAGGACCGCACGCUACCAGACUUUAUGAUUAGUGAGAGGUAUAUAUUCCCGGAGGACUCCAACUAAGUACAACUCUGCGUAUUUCGUUCUCGUACAGUCCACUUUCUUACGAAGCUCUUCUAAAAAACACAGCGCCAGACUGCUUGAUAAAUUUUUAGACAUCUAGUUGUAGUGGUACAAGUACAAAAACGAUCUUGAUCUUCCGACAAAAUCUUCAAAAUGCCAAUUCCGAUGCCAGAGCUGCGCGCGCCGUCAGUGGAUCGUGACAUCGAGUCCAUGUUUUUCCAAGUCAGACGUGGCAUUAUUGCCUCUUACGUAAAAAACCCGAAUGAACAGGAUGGCACUUUGUGGCCAGUGAAAAAGGUUAUGGAGAUAGAGACUUAGAUAUCAACUAGCAGUCAUUGUGGUGGCCUUCUUUAUCUUUACCCCCGCAGGAGUGGGUACAUUCAUUCACUCAUUGCACGACAACGAAGUCGAAGAGAAACAAGAUUCAUCUUACAGGAGUCGCAGGGCCAGACUUUUAGACUGAACGACUUCUCAGCAUAGGCACUACGAUGUCUCAGAGAACACACCUCCUCCCGCUCGCUCUCUCUCCGUCUCAGAAACCCUCCCCGCUCGCUCUCUCUCCGUCUCAGAAACUCCUCUGUGCCUAACAGCUCUAAUGUUACAACAACGUCAUCAGAUGGAGUCUUACUUACCGAUGACCACAGGGGAGCAGGUGGAGGAUUGAGCAACCUAGUGCAAAACGCAUCCCCGCCGAAAGGAACUGGAUCCGACAAGGCGAAUAUCAACUCAAGUAUAAUAUUCCAUGUGAUUAUUAUCGUACACAAAUAAAAAGGCUUAUUUCAAUAAAGAAAAAAUGAAAAACAAUCUCAAUUACUGAAAAAAAAUUUCAAUUCGUUUCAGGCCGAAAAUCAUUUUUUUUUUUUGAAGUUUCCAGUAAGAUUUCUACGACUUUGACCACGUAGUGUUCCCUUUGUAAUCCCCGCCGAAAGGAACUGGAUCCGAUGCGGAUGGGUGGCGCAGGGAAAUCGAGAAACGAUAUUUCCCGUACUUUGAGUCAGUGGUGCAAGCGGCUGUCUCCGUCGCAAAUGAGAAGGAUAGAAAAGCGGCACAAGAAGCAGAAGAAAAGAGGAUUAAUGCUAUGAAGGGUGUAGUUCAGUAGUUGGGCUUGCGGUUGCGGUCGUUAAUGCUCUUGCUCUUACUCUCCUGCUGUUGUAGAGUAUUAAGUUUGUUUAAAAGGAUAUCUUUUACAUUUACGUGCAAGGAAUUGCAUGCUCGUCCAUACUCCUGUGCGCAGAAGAAGAAGUAUGAUUUCCAUCUGAGAUGCGUACGCGCAUGUUUGAAGACUCUUCUGGUUCUCGCUCGAAUCUUCUAACGCCAACCUUGAUCCUGCACUCCGAAUGGCCAUGCAGUAUGCUGACGGAGAAGAAAGUAAAGGAGAGACAGUCGCUCCUUCGACAAGCAGUGCUUCUACGUCCACUUCUACGAGUAACAGCCUCGCUACUAGCCAAACAAGUCCAACGAAAGACCCAAGUAGAACGGACGAAACUCGACCACCGAAGGUGGCUCCGAAGGCGAGUGGUUGGCUAGAAGCUGCCAGACGCUUUUCCAAGCCUAGUGCUGGAGGCGUUCUCACACGCCGCACUGAGGAGAAUCCGAAGCCUCUGUCAGUCGCAGAAAUGGUCUUGAGCAAAACCAUAUUGCAAGAAAUCACUGGUAUGGCAAGAGGGCCUGGCAAGAGGGGUUAAUUCAACUCCACCAAGGUGCUGUUGGCUUUUUUCCGAUACAACAGCAUCCGCGACACACUUCUACACCUAGAGGACCUACAAAAAGCACUUUAUUUGACUACUCGAAAACUGAAAAUAACCGAGUAAGUGACUGAAAUAAGGGAGGUAAGUAGGUUUGACAGGGCUACUCUUCCUUGUUCAGGUUUAACUGUGCUUAUUUCAAGUAAUUACUCGGUUAUUUCAGUUUUUCGAAUACUCUUCAAAAGUAGCAACAUGAUCUUCUAAAACCCGUGGCGCACGAACCAAGUCAAAGGGGGAGCUCAAGAACAACAAAGUUCGUUUCGGAUCCGUCUUUGCUGGUGAGGAUAAUUUGUUGGACGACUUUGCUAGCUUGCUACACGCAUAUACGCAAUCGCGGAGACAACUAGAGGAGACACAGCGUAUGAGUGAGAAUCUGAUAGAUUUUCUUAUCUCGUCCAGAAGAAUUCAGCUAGGUUCCUUAAGUACUAUUCGAUAAACUGAAAUAGCCGAGUAAGGGGAUCUAGGAGGGCCCGUUCUUGCAGGGACUUUUUCGAGACUUCAACUACUGACUAUCCUUAGUUACGAGUUGUAGGAACAAGCAAUAUUUAUAGUGAGUAAAGGCGCAUACUGAUCAAAAAAAUAUAAAACACAAAGGACAACAAGCAUCCCUAGUACCUCCGCAACGACACCCCACCAGCGCUACAACAACAAGCAACUCCAAAAAGAGAGCCCGCCCCUUUGAUCUAAGUUCUACUCCGUGUCGAGGAAAGCGGACGUGCCAUGGCGGAGCGUGCACUAA